CGGGCCCAAACGUUUACAGGUCCGUUUUAACCACCCAUCUUUCCGUCACUAGUGAUCCCGUUGGUGGUGCUUCGUGUGUGACAUGGAUUUUUCUCUUCUUUUCAAUUUUUAGGGUUUUAAUUUCGUAUCAAUUCAUUCAUCACAGAGUACAGUGACGAUAGAUUAUAUUUAGAUUAUUAUGGAAAAUAUUUCCUCCGCAGUUUCAGACGCUACAAUUCCGCCGGAAAACAACCACGACGCCGGCGAAAAAAUAACCAAAUCGGUGAACGAACUCAACGAUUUGUCAAUUUCCAUUCAAACUUUCAAAAACAGGUACGAUGAACUUCAAAAUCAUCUCAAUUUCAUCGAACAUGCCAUCGAGACCAGAACCAAGGAACUCGAAGCCCUAGCCACCACCACCGCCGCAAAAGUAGCCACCGAUAACGGUAACAUUGUUCAAUCGGAACCGGAAUUGAAAUUGAAAUCAAAGGCUGAUGGCGAAGGAAUAGAAGAAGAAGAAGAACAACAACAACAACAACAACAACAACAACAACAACAACAACAACAACAACCAGAAGAACAACAACAAGAACCGGAAGAAGAAGAAGAAGAAGAUCCGGAAGAAGAUCCAGAAGAAGAAGAUGAAGAAGUAGAAGAAGUAGUAGAAGUAGUAGAAGAAGAAGUAGAAGAAGAAGAAGAAGAAGAACCAGAAGAACCAGAAGAAGAAGUAGUAGUAGUAGAAGAUAAAAAAGAAGGAAAAAAAGAAGAAAAAGAAGAAGAUGAGGUGCUCUUGCUUUGCAAAACGAUGAGUAGCCGCGGUUUGCGAAGGUAUAUACUUAUGAAUCUAUCUGAAACGGUAUUGCUUAAGGAAAAAGUCCCCAUGGCACUGAAAACUGCACCAGAACCGGCGAAAUUAGUGUUUGAAUGUAUUGGUAGAUUUUACCUUCAGGGAAGCAGAGCCUUUACACCAAACUCACAAAUGACUACUGCAAGGCAAGCUUCGCUACUUGCUUUGGAAUAUUAUCUGAUGUCUGGUUGCUCAAGUAAAGCACGAUUGAAAUCUCCAUUGAAGCAAGAUGCUGUAACUGCAGCGGUUUUGUGGAGGAAGAGACUUAUUGGUGAAGGUGGUGUAGGUGCUGCUACUGACAUGGAUGCAAGGGGUUUGAUUCUUUUUCUUGCUUGCUUUGGGAUUCCUAGUGAUUUUAGGAACGAGGAUAUAGUAAACUUGGUUCUUUUGAGCAAACCCGGUGAAAUUUCGCACGCCCUUCGCAAUUCUGUGGUCCUUUCUAGAAGGGUUUCAGAUAUUGCACAGGGAAUGAUGAAAAGCGGCAAGGUUGUUGAAGCUGUUGACUUGGCUUAUACCUUUGGAUUUGAAGAGAAACUUUCUACCAAGACAGCACUAACUUCAUUUCUACAAAAGUCUAAUGAAGCUUGGAAGAAAGCAACACAAGCACGUGAUCCUAUUUCGCUGAAGAGAGCAAUUGAAAAAUACUUAUAUGCUUUGAAAUCUGUAAUCAACUGUUUGGAAGGUCACAAGGUUGACAUUGCAAAACUUCUUCCUGGUUGGAAACUUAAGGAUACAAUUCUCAAAUUGAAGAAAGAUAUUGUUGAUGUCACUAAAAAAAUAGAAGAGAAUUCAGCGUCCAAGAGAAAAGUGGAUGAAAGCAACAUCUCAGAGAGAGUGAAGCGUCCAAGAUUUGCUGAAAGAGAUCCUUAUGUGUUAUCACCUGCAGUCACUUCCUUGCAAACGCAAAGGAUUGCUAGUCAUAUGGAUGGUGAUAACUCAUAUGAUAGUUCAAUAACCGCACGUUAUCUGGAAGGUAGAUCCUAUGGCUACCCAAAUAAUUAUUCCACUGCAGCAUCUGCACAAAUUGGAUCUGUUUCAGGGUCAUUGCCAGAAGGUUAUCUUGGAAGGGGAAUGUCAAGUGGGGUUAGCAUGAUUGGAGGAGCCAUAGCUGGUUCACUUUCUGGGUAUCAGAAUGAUAUGCCAAUUGACAAUGUUGGGACAACGCUGAAUAGCAACAGCUCUCUGUAUGGUAGAUUGCAUAGUGUAGAUGAAGGGGUAUUAUCUUACAAUAGGCCAGUCGAACAGAGUUUUGUAGGACAACCUUCAUCAGCACGAGUAAAUCAUUUGUAUGGGAGAACAUCUGCAGUAGAUUAUGCAGGUUUGCCAGAUCAUCACUCUAUUGGCGGUGUUCCUAGUCGCGUUGGAGAUUCUGAUUUGUAUAGCUUUGCCGAUUCUGUUAUUUGAGUGUAGUCAUUCCAGGCAGCAAGUAUUCUACAAUUGCUUCUGUAUUUUGAUAAGCUGGAAGCAAACAACCAUCCCAUAUACAAUAGUCAGCUUGGAUUUUUGUU